UUAGUGUUGAUACGAAAGAAAGUGGUAUUGAAGUGGUGAUUUGCAGUGCCGUGCCGUGCCGUGUGAUAUUGACCGCCGUAGCCAUCGCAAGCGUUCCUGAUUCGCUAAUAAUUACUGCGAUACAGCAGCACCGAAACGGCGUAUACAACAGCAACGGCUAUACAACAGCAGUUGCUUCCGUGUGUGUUAUUUAAAAAAGGUGAAAACAUAAAAUCGUCACGGUGGAGAACUUCUACCUUAGAAUGGAUCCUACGCGAGGUGACUCGCGCUAUAACCUCAAUUACCCCAUGAGCGGCAUCGGCCUGAGUUUGGCCGAUCAGGCCGAUAUCUAUGGUGGUAAUCCAGCGGCUGUUAGUGCGCUCGGCGGUCGACCACCAUCGGGCGGACUCAUACAGCCGAUGGGCGGUGGCGCUGGCAUAGGAUUCAGUUCCCGUUCGAGUGGCCUCAUGCCCAACAGCUCACAGUGUCAAUCCUUGGUUACUGGCACAUCCAAUAGUGCGGGCGGUAAUACGAGCCAUCAGCGUGGUAUCAAACGGGCUGGCUCUGAUUGCUAUGAAGAUCAUCAUCGUAGUAGUAGUGCUGCGGGUAUGUCAUCACAAGCGUUACAAGGACUUGAUUGUGUUGGAGGCAGUGGGCAACAAAGUGCACAGCAGCAACAGCAACAGCAACAACAACAACAACAGCAACAGCAGAGUCAAGUGAGUGGCAAUGUGCCCGAUGUGGUGGACGACAGCUACACAGCGUUGCAAAAUAAAAAAUCACCUCCUGCCAAUGGCAAGAAAACAAAAGGGCGAGUCAAAAUCAAAAUGGAAUAUAUAGAUAAUAAAUUGCGUAGAUAUACGACAUUUUCAAAACGCAAAACUGGCAUCAUGAAAAAGGCGUACGAGCUCUCUACAUUAACUGGCACACAAGUGAUGCUGCUAGUCGCCUCAGAGACUGGGCACGUUUAUACGUUCGCCACCCGCAAAUUACAACCAAUGAUCACAUCAGAGGCUGGUAAACAACUAAUACAAACAUGUCUUAAUUCACCAGAUCCGCCCAGUGUGGGCGGUGGUGAUCAACGUAUGUCAGCGACUGGCUUCGAAGAGACCGAACUAAGCUAUAACAUAGCAGACGAGGACUCAAAAGAAGGUAGAUCACCCCUCUCUUCUGGCAAUGAAUCAGACGAUUCAUCCGACGCCGAAUCGCCGGGACCCGCCUUGCAAGCAACCAAAAGUCAAGCCGCAAUAUCCGAAGCGAGUGCGCAGGAUUGCAGUAGGCAGCAAACAGCGGCCACUACAUCCGUCGCUGCAGCGAAUGCGGCCAAAAAUAUUGCCUAUGCCGCCGUCGCCGAGGACUUGACACCAAGCAGCAGCUCAUCAGCUGUUGGUGAAACGAGAACCAAACACAAUACGAAUGCACAGCAGGAAAUACAACCAACAACAGACGCACCUUCAACAACAGCUGAGGCCUUAACCUAUUCAGCUGCAACGCUAUCUAGUCUGCCGCAGGAUAUGCUCUUAAAGCUAAUACAAUCUGGUCACUUGCAAUUGCAUACUGAAGAAGAUGGAAGCGGACAACAGUAUAUUUCGAUACCUUUAUCGACGAACGCUGCGCAAACAUUGAAGUCAACGAAGGAUGUGCAUGCAAGAGCUGGCCUUUUGGAGGCCAAGGAUAUGCGUUUGAAAGAAACAAAAUCAGAGCAGCGACAGCAGCAGCAAACUUUGAAAGCUGCAACAGCAAGCAAUAAUGCUGCUGUAAACUCAGCUGCUAUGAUGAUAAAGCAAGAGCUUGAUUGAAUACAAAAUGUUGAUUCAACACAAAGACUUGAUGCUUGCCGAAAAAAAAAAUGAAACAAAAAAAAAACGAAAAACAAAGUGUGAGAGAUAGUUAAAGCAGUUUUUAUAAUUUUAAUUAAAAUGUAAAUUCAGUUUUAUCUAAGCAGAAAAAAGUGUAAUACCUUGUUCUAUAAGUGUAUGUACUUAUGUGCUUACGGUGGUGGUCAAAACAUAUGGAACUACAUCACUGGCACUUUUCUGCACUUUGCACCAAAAAUUUAAUAGAAGCAAAAAAAAAAUUCGAAAAUUGGGCUCAACUAGUCUCUUGCAAAUUUUAUUAGCUUUCAUUAAAAUUUUUUUUUAUCAAAUUGGUUGAGAAAUGAAGGCUCCAGUGAAUUAUGAACAUAAAAUCCCAUUUAUUGACCACUGUGCGGGCCAGGUAUGAGAUCUCAAUAAAUAAUAUUGGUGCAUACACUUUUAUUUGGCCGAGUUCUCCUCCAAUUUGUGGUGUGCCCUUAUGUUACAAAAAACAAAAAGAAGGAGCUACAAUUCUAUGCCGCCACCAAACGGCGAAUCGUUUGUUAUUGGCCAGACUUUAGAAAAUAUUCGUUUCAGUUUCAUAUGUUUUGACCCUCACUGCGUACGUACAUAUACAGCACAUUAGUGUUCCUAAAUUAUUUUCCGCGAUAAUCGAGCGUCUCAAAGAAAACCAAGCAAUCCACAUGCCAGGAACUUGAAUAUGAAAGUUAUUGUUAAAUAGUUUUGUUACUUUCUUCUUCUUCUUGUAUUUCGAAGCCAAAUUUAAUAAACCUAAAUAUUUAUACCUACUUAUCAAAAAUAUAUAUACAUAGAUGAUGGAGCAUUACUCAUAUGCGUGAGUUACUUAAUAGUGCCAUCAAGACCAAUUUCGAACCAAUUUUGGUUAUUUCACACAUCUUUUUCUAAGAUACAUUCUAUUUAAAAAAGCCCUUUUUUCAUCAUAUUUUGCAUGCACCUACAUGUAUUUUAUACAUACUACUCUGUAUAUACUUGCAACAAUUUGCACUUUUAAUAUUACUCAUGCAUCCAUCAUCACUUCAUUAUUAAUUUUUCCAACGCUUCAAAUAUGAAUAUGUAGUUUAAUUGCCACAUUCUCAAUUUCCAAUUGUCCAUAACUAAUUUGGCUUAUUCAGAACUUAGAUAUUUAUUUUAUGACAUUAUUUUCCUAUUGAUUAUGAAUUUUUGUCGUGCAAAUAGUUAAUAACGCCGCCGCCCGCACUGCGCAUACGCACUCAUUCAUUGAAGACUCAUUUAGCAUUCGCAGCGUAUGGCGCGACGUUGGCGCGCAUGCACAUGCGCCGCUUAUCAUGCUUAUCCCGUAUGAAAACCCUAUAUAGUACAUACAUAUAUCCACACAACAAAUAUGCACCGGAUGAAAUGGCACUAACGCGUUUCCCGUAGCUCUAAACCAAUAAUACAAUAUAAUCUAUGUAAAUGUACAACUAUAUGCUCAUACAACCACGUAUAUUAUGUUUGUUUGUGUCUAUGUAUGUAUGAAUUUGUUUUGCGAUUAUUACGCAUUAUUAAUAUGGAAUUUGUGUAUGCAAAUAUUGUCGUCGACAUUCUCCCGAAAUGGUAACACAAAUUUUCUGCCAAUUUCUUUAUUUUAUUUCAUUUAUUUAUUUUUUAUUACUACGAGUAUUAUAUUAAAUUUGUUUGUUUUAUGUGGGUGGAGAUGUGGUGCUGUGCGCAUACACUGACACAUACAUAUCUACCUGUUUGCAUAUCUACAUAUAUACAAUGGCAGUCGUUCCAAAUGCAAGACAGGUUAGCUUAAUAACAUUUACAGUAUCCACCACCACCACCAUUGAUUGCUGUUAUGGAUGCUUUGUUUUGCGGCAGUUUCAUCCAGAUUUCACUCUCGUUGACAAGUGUUUCUACAGAAAAGGGCAAUUGCAAGUUUUAGAAACUGCAAUUAAUAUUUUUUUUUUUUGCUUUUUAUUCGUUUCUUUUUUUAAUGUAUUCUUCCAAGCUUUUUAAGGUGUGGCGCUGAUUUCAUGGUAUUAUUUUUAAUCAACUCAAUCUAAUUUGGUAAUUUAUACUACGGGUAAUUUGUUGCUUUCUCUUUCAGAGACUUAGUUAUUAUUAUUAUUAUUUUUUGCUGAAAGCAAAUAAAAUUUUUAGAGUGCUAAAUUUAUUUAAAAUACUACCCACUAGUUCUUAAAUCUCCAAACAAACAAAAUAUUUCUAAAUGCUGUUAUCUAUUUUAUAGCGAAAAAGAUUAUACUUUUAAGUCGAAAUCGUGUGAAUGCGAAAUCCAAGUAAAAAUUUUUCGGAAUUAGUUUUUUAAUGUAAUUUGCACGGCGAAACUAGAUUGCAAUGCCACAUCUUAAAAAAUACGGAAUCUUUUGGAUUGUUCCGAAUAGCUUUGACAGCAUUUCUUAUUUUUAAAUAAAUAUUUUUGUUUAAAUUAA